UCCUAGAAACCGCCUCCGCCGCUGCCGCCGAUCCGUUUGUGGAUUCAAACGAUCGCCGCCUCCAUGUUGGACGGAGCGCAGGGAAACAGUCUCCGUUUCGGUGAAAGGUCUAUCGAAGACCCGGGAUUAAGCAGCCCUCCGCCGUGACUGAGACGUUAACUCGGCAAGCCGACAUAUACAGACGGAGGCAGCUAUUUAAAAAAAAAAAUCUCCUUACACUAAGCUAUAACCCGAUGCGGAAUCGAGCCCUCGCUUUAUAUAGACGCGAAACUUUAUUUUCUUUUUGUCCUUUUAAAUGUGGUUUUUGACGUUCGCGUGUGUAUAAAGGAGCCCGGUGAUUGGGGACCGGGGCUGUUUCGUGGUCGGUCACCGUUAGCUAGCUGGACUUGUGAAGAAGGCUAGCUAGUUACUGUAAAAUCAAAGCGGCUACGCCAGUUUGGAAAAGGGGGGUAAACAUCCAGUUUCCAUGGACAACACGUCCAUAAUAACCCAGGUUUCCAACCCCAAGGAGGAGGAGAUAAUUUCUUCAAGUCAAGAAAAAGUAUCACAGUCCAGUAGUAGCUUAAAGAAACAAAGGAGUAGAAGCAUCUUCAGCACAUUUUUCUGCUGCUUCCGGAGCUACAAUGUGGACCCUCCCUCCAACAACAAUGGCAGCUCCCUACCGCCACCUGUGGAAGAGAAUGGGACACUCCCCAAGUGUGAUUCGGUCCAGGUCAUUCCCAUCCCCACUGAAGCAAGGGCUUUGCUCAGCAGGUGGAAAAAUGUAUCCAUUGGCGCUAGGAGCUCUGAAAUAUUACAUUUUGAGCCCCCAGCCAAAUACCUCCUACCUGAGAUGAACAUAUCGGACUACGGCAAGAAGUGUGUUGUGAUCGACUUGGAUGAAACCUUGGUGCACAGCUCGUUCAAGCCGAUAAGCAAUGCUGAUUUCAUCGUGCCUGUGGAGAUAGAUGGUACAGUUCAUCAGGUCUAUGUACUGAAAAGGCCACAUGUGGAUGAGUUCCUGCAGAAGAUGGGGGAGCUGUUCGAAUGCAUCCUUUUUACAGCUAGCCUAGCCAAGUAUGCGGACCCUGUGGCGGACCUCCUGGAUCAGUGGGGGGUGUUUCGAGCCCGGCUGUUCCGAGAGUCCUGCGUGUUCCACCGAGGAAAUUACGUCAAAGACCUGAGCCGAUUAGGGAGGGAGCUGAGUAACGUGAUCAUAGUGGAUAACUCGCCCGCGUCCUACAUCUUCCACCCGGAAAAUGCAGUCCCGGUACAAUCGUGGUUUGACGACAUGACGGACACAGAGCUGCUGGACCUGCUCCCUUUCUUCGAGGGCCUUAGCAGAGAGGAGGACGUUUACAGCGUGCUCCAGAACCUGAGGGGCAGGUAGCCCGGUCUCCAGGGACUCCACCCGUUCUUGCCCCCAUCCCCCCCAGCAUGGCUCAGGUCCUGUCCUGCAGCUGCCUGAAGUGGGCGCCGCAGAAUCUCACCACGGAGAACCCCCCCUGCCCCACCAACUCUCCUGUUCUGAUGGCACCCUGAGUGGACAGAAUGUUUGCAGUGCACUCGACAUAUAGGGAUCCGGACUCUGGAACCUUCCAUUGGGCAGAACCAACGUGUACACCCACAGACAUGCAUUACAUAUAUAUUUCUAAGGAGGGAAAUCAGAAAAAUGUUCUGAAAAGGACUUACUUUUUUAACCAAGAGACAGUUUUACUAUCCUGUUUAAGUUCUUUAUAUGUACCAAAAACAAGCUUUUUAAGGAACGUGUUAAAAAGCUAUGCGGUUUUUGGCCACUCCAUCGUUGCUAUGCAGGCUGUCUUCUCUUGAUCUCCAGUAGUUUAAACAACUGUGAUUUUUCUUUUCUUACUGAAUGAAGUGCCUUUUUUGAAUGUUGUUUUUACGGGGAAAACAUACAUUUUGUACACGGCAUAUUUCCAGAGAACUUAAAUCUUUUAAUGAAUAUAUGCUUUAAAAAUGAAAGUGGAUAUGAAUCUUUAUAUUAAGCACUGUUAUUUAUGCUAAAGAUUUUUUAAUACCAUUCGACGCUGGGUACAUGUCUCCAUAAUAUUCUGAUCGGUGUUUCUUUCAGUUGCCUGUAACUUUUUUUUUUUUUUGCCAUUUAUAUAGAGGUGGUUUUUUUGUUCCUUUCUUUCUGAUACAUAGAAAUGUGCUCGUGUCACCAUAGCUUUCACUGAGCAGGGUGGUGCAUUUGCAUUUGUGAUGCUGUUAGUUUUAGUCUUGGUCGUAGCUCCGACAGGGGCGACCCCUCGUAUAAUAGGGCUGGGGGGCAGUUUUAAUGCCCGCAGGUAACUAAGUGCCAAUGGUUGUUCCUGAAUGAUGCCAAACACUUUAACUCUGUGUGUUCGUGCCAGAUGUGUGUGAAGUGUUCCAUCCAGCUCCCACCAACCCCUCCCACCUCUGCCCCCAUUUACCCUGAUAUUAAAGUUGGGAAUUCAGUGGAAUACAGCACAGCUGGCCGUUUGCCGUGUUCAUUCUUAAACAUGCCGUGUCGCUGUAGAAGCGUCAUCUGCGUCAUCAUGUGUGCUGCCCCGGGGCCAUACGCUGGUCAGCCUGACAGUUGCUCCGCCCCCGCCCCCCACCCCCGAGACAGCCAGAGUUGUGGCGCUGUGCUAUCACAGAUGUGUCCCUGAUCUGUCGGGAAAACCGGCUGUUAGCUGUAAGGAAGGUGCUUCGUAGUCUUUACCGAGUUUCCUGAGGAGAAGAGUGGGUGUCUCUAAAUCCAAGUCAUUUUUGACCAGGCUCAGUCCUUGAGGCUGGCGCAAUGCUGCGUUAUGGACAACGUGUGGCGCUGCCUGUGGGCCCCACACUGAACCCCGUACUAUGGAAACGCACAUAUACGCUCAUCCCCCUGUGCUUCUUACAGCUCCCCAUUCUGUCCCCCGGCCUCUUACUCAGCAUUUUCCAUUGAAUUUUAUCUUUUUAAUCAUUCAUUCACAAACCCCUGACUUUUGAAAUGGUUUUAUUCCCUAAAUGAAUUUCCACAUUUGCCUUUAUUCACAUGCAUACCUGUGUGUACAAUGUGUGUAUACAUGCAUGCAUGCUGCCAGUGUUACUGAGACACGUGUGAUGGUGAGGUGCUGUUCUCUGAACACUCACCUCCUCACAUGGGUUGCGGUCGGCAUUACUAGCUGGAUAAUCCAUCUAUUUCACCAGUUAAAAGUACAUCAGUUGCUUGACCUUGACGGUGUUCCAGGGGCUUGUAAACGUCUUGGAGCUCGGAGAAUGUGCAGUGUGUCACCAUUCCGGUCUCCUUCACUCCCAGUCUCUAUUAAGUUGUUUUAAAGUUGUCUUGUCCGUUUUCAGCGUUGCUUUUCUUGCCUCUGGCACCGUUUUCCAAAGGACAGGAAUCGCUACACCUGCCCUGUUAUUCGGCUGCAGUAGUCUACGUCAGGCUGUCUGGCUUCAGUGCGCUGAGGUGCAGUUCAGUGCUGGUGAGACGUUCUCGUUCUUUGUUCUGAACCAGCAACGUUCCUUUCAAAGAGUGUUCCUUUGCAACAUUUUCUCUUCCCUUCAGUGAAGUGUUACAUGGUCUGUGGCGUAGAUCUGACAUAUUAAAGCAUCUUUUUAAAAAACUGAAAAAAUGAAAAAUGUUUUUGCGGUUUUGUUUUGCAUUGAAUGCCCCUUGUUCUUGCUUGUUUGUACCAAAUGCCGGUGAGGUGGGAGAGGGCUUUCUGGGGUCUUGCCGUGCUCUACUCCAUGGGCUGCUCCUCUGGCUGCUACAUCUAAUACGCAAGUUUACACGUUAAAACACGAGGGCUGACAAAGCUGUACAAAUUUGUGGAAAUCUGUGGAUUCGGUAAGUUCAUGUGCUAAAAAUUUUAAGAUGAGCGUAAUGUGAAAGAUUGAUGUUAUUGCAAAUGGUCAAAAAAGUAAUUUUAAUGUCAUAAUUGUAUAAAUAUUCAUAGUUUUUUAUUUCCUGUAAAACAGGCAGCUGCUUUUACUUUGCUUUGGUAUUUCUUUUAGUUGAACUUUCCCCACCACUUCUACACUAUUGUGUCAUAGCUUUAGGAGUUGAUCAUUUUUACUGUUUGCAUGUGAAUUGAAAAUGGAGCCGGCUUUUUUAUUAAACUGUAUUCAAAUGAA